GACCAGUCCGAAGUGCCGUUACAGGCGCAAUGCGGGUGUUGCGAUGUAAGGAGCAAUGGCGACGGACGAACGUAUCUGGAGGCAGAAAUGGAGCCCUGCUUGACCAAAGGGAACCUUCUCAGUCGGACAAUGGAAAGCGUGUCACCUCCCAUCAUCCCACCGUUGUCCGCGCCCCCGCUAGCUGCCAAACAGGGGGACGUCCGCACCAAGGCGGCGGGGCCGGCCUCAACCCCGGCCUUCCUCUCCAACCUUGGGAGGGCCACCCUGCGCGGCAUCCGCAAGUGUCCCCGCUGCGGCGUCUACAACGGCACCCGGGGGCUAAGCUGCAAGAACAAGGCAUGCGGGAUAUCGCUCCGGAACGCCACCUCGGGGACCAGGGGGGGGCGGAAGGGCUCCGUGGAUGCGGUCCGAGUGAUCAUCGACAGUGAGGGGCGAGACGGGAGGGAGCGGGAUGACGAAGGAGCGAGCGGCAUUCAGGUGUUCUCCGUGUGCCACCGAGGACGAGGAUGCGCCCGGCUGGGCUUUGUGGAGCUGUCACCCACCGACGCCGCCAUCUCCACGGGCGAGCGGGACCCCCUGCUGUCUCAGAUCAACAUGGGCCGCUGCUUCGUGCCGGCCUGUGGGCAGGGUUCAAAGUCGGACCGGUCCAAGUCCGGUUCGCCCGACGCCCUUUGCGUCCACAUCAAGACCGCCAUCGAGUGUCGCCGCUCCGCCGUCCCUCUCAGCGUCAAGAGCUCCGUCCUGGAGGCGUUGACAGCCUCCAUGCGGGCCAAAGAGGACCUGUGGAACCUGGCCACCGAGUCCCCGGGCCCCCUGGUGCAGCGAGUGUCCAGCGACACGCUGGUGGUCAAGUGCCACCCGGAUGCCGCGCACCCCCUGGGCCUUCUGCACCUGACCGUCGGCGGUGGCGCCGGACCGUCCGAGGCGGCGAAAAGCGCCAGGGGGACUCGGGAGGUUGUCGUCACACAGCAGCAAGCGGCGUUUCACUGCACCUGCCGCCCGCGGAGGGUCGAGGCAACGUGCGCCACCACCGACUUGGACCCUUUGCGCCCCUGCCUGCACUUCUAUGCCUGCGUCUGCGCCUUCGCCAGCGAUGAGAAACUGGCGUGCGAAUUUGCCGCCUUUAUCAACCCCGCCACAACUGGCAUUCUACCUACCCAAACCGGCAGAGUCCUCGUUCCCUGCGAGAGGCCCCCUCCUCUUCCCACGGAAGUGAUCAAAUACCCUCACAAAGCCAAGAAGCCGCGCCCGGACGAAGCUCUUUCGGGUGGCGGUCAGGUGGUGGACGAGGCCUCCGUGUCCAUGAGUUUCUACCAGUGGUUGGCCAGCGUCACAGAGAGGAUCCAGCAGACGAUGCACUACCAGUUUGACGGGAAACCCGAGCCUCUGGUGUACUACAUUCCGCAGCACUACUUCAAUGCGCUGCAGGCUCGCCUGUCGCCGGGCUCCAAGAGGCGGCUGCCCAACUUCACCACAGUGCUGGUGAGGAAUGAUGGCGUCCCUCAGGGCUCCUUCUCCAAGUACACCUGGCACAUCACCAACCUCGCACAGGUCAAACACAUCUUUGACACCCCUGAGUUGCAGUUGGAGCUCACUCAGAGUUUCGUUCGGAACGUGGAUGGUUCCUACUCCCGCUUUCACUGUCCCGAACCUCCGCCUGAACCUGAGCCGCCGGAUGGCAUCAGGGCGGAUAGGACGCUAGCCAUUCGUCCCAUGGAACUCUGGACCUUCCUCAAAGUUGGGCCCGGCUCGGAUGACCCGGACGACCCCAGCCCUUUUGUCAUCGAGUGGACCCCCGAAGUGCUCCCACGCUGUCACAUGGGCGAGCUGAGAAUCCUCUUCCAGUUUGGACAUCAGCAGAGCGGACAGCAAUCGGAAUGUCCCGCGAAAGACGAUCACGGCACCACAGAACUCGUCAAAAGCACACUCUUGGCCUUUGUCGGCAUGGCUGGAAAAUGCCGCGUCGGCCUUUUCGCUUGCGAAAAAUUAUUUGAUCUCGCAUCCUUCCCCCUCCGAUUGGCCGCCGUCGUUCAUAAACAGCUGCUGGCGUUUACGGUGGGUGUCUUGACUGUUCCCCCCCACAAAGACCACAACAACAGAUUGAGGAUAAGUCUCUGGAGUUUUUCAUUUUUUCUUGCCUGGGACAAAUUGCAGCCUGUACCAUUAGCAACAAGUUUCCGGUGAAGAUGCAGUUUUUGUUGUUAAAUUUACAUUGAUGGGUUGGUUGCUACUUUGCAUUUCAGACUCCACUUACUUCAAGAGUACAACAGUUGAAUAAAUACGACUACUACUUCUGCCUAAAAUUUUUUUUUGUGGGGCAGGGGUCGCAAAUCAGGGGCUCUGUAGGUUUGGAAAUGUAACAAGUUGUAUUUUGUCAAAUAAAUCAAAAAUAUGA